AUGAGCCUUGGAAUCGGCUGCCGUGCAGGCGGCACAGCGACUGCCCUGCACGUUGUUUUUAGGGUAGGACGCUGCGGAGGCCCCUCUCCGCCUUCCAGCCUCCGACUUCAGUUGGCCUCGCGACAAGCUGCAAGGAGGUGUUUGCCUUCGCCCAUCGGAGGCGGCUGUGGCGUAGUGCUGUCGGGGGGACGGAGCCGCUUCCUGUCUUCGAGUCCAUCGAGAAUUGCCGACUCCCCGCCCUGCGCAUCGUACCACGAAAGGAGGCCCGUAGAGGCGAGACGCUCGACAGCCACUGAGGGCUUUUCUUGGAGAGACGGAACUGCCCCCCCUGCUGAGCAAGCCACCCUCGAGAGACGGCCUGCGCAGGGAGAACCUGGAGGGCUGUCAAGAUCUUCGCCUCCCUUUUUCUGGAGACGGCGGCGACGACGCAGCCUCUGCCCCGACGGCAAGGAGGCCCCCCUAGAGGGCCCCCCAGAGGCCCCUCCCUCAGCGGCCUUUUCUCAACAUGGCUCUCGAGACGUCGCUGCUGCAGUCGAGGCCCUUAAGGGGGCCCCUCCGGGAGCUCAACGUGUUGCUCACCCAGGCCCUAACAAGUGCCACCAGUCCCCACGUCCUGUACAACAAUCUAUGGCGCUUCUGGCCGCUGAUCACGCCUGCCAACGCUGCCGCUGCCCUGCACCGCCUUGCGUGGCUCCUGCAACAAGGGGAGGCUUGCCAGCUGCCUCAUGUGCCCCCUGGCCUUGCCUCUUGCCUGCAUCCCGAGGGCCUCUCUCCCCGCAGCUCCCCCGGCUAUGGACCCCUAGGCCCCUCGGGGCCCUCAGCGAGCAGCGUAGAAGGGGCCCUAGAGAGCCCGGUGCUGCAGCAGCUGCUGCAGCGGCUGCUGCAGCGAGGCCUCUGGAAGCUCUCCCAAAGGCAUCUGGCGAUGGCGGGAUGGGGGCUUGCACUGCUUUGCAAACUCAGACACUCGCACAAGGCUGCCAGCACCCUGCAGCAGCAGCCAAGCGGAAAUCUGCUCGACGCGCCAGCCCUUCUCCUGGAAGCGUUCCUCAGCGCUACGCUGCAGCAGCAGGACGCGUUCAGUCCAGUGGGCUGCAGCAGCCUCGCUUGGGCAGCGGCAGUCCUCAACGAGCUCACAAAGCAGCCGCAACGGCAGGAGCAAGAGCAACAACGGCAGCAGCAGCAACGGCAACAGCGGCUGGAGGCCCUCAUGGCUCUUCUUAG